UCACGUGCUGAUCAAGUCUAGUCAUGUGAUAGUGGAAGUGAAGAUGGCGGCCGCAGGAGAGGAGGCAGCUGCGCUGGACAGUGUUGUUAGAGUAGCUUCACCUCCGGCGGUGCUCAACCUCAGAACCGACACUGACCAAAGGGAGGACGUGGGCCAUGAUGGUGCGAGCGAAAACGUGGGGCCUGCACCCAAAAAGCCCACCAAUAACAAUGACGGUGGUGUGGAAACAGCAGAAGAAGCUACUGAGCCUGCUGAACCUGACAUCAAUGAACUCUGCAGAGACAUGUUCGACAAAAUGGCAGUUUUUCUGCAAGGAGAGCUCACAGCCACCUGCGAGGACUAUAAACUUCUGGAGAAUAUGAACAAACUCACCAGUCUAAAGUACAUGGAGAUGAAGGACAUAUCAAUCAACAUCAGUCGCAACCUACAAGACCUCAAUCAGAAAUAUGCUAGCUUGCAGCCAUAUCUAGAUCAGAUAAACCAGAUUGAGGAACAGGUUACAGCUCUGGAGCAAGCAGCAUAUAAACUGGACACAUAUUCCAAAAAACUGGAAGCCAAGUUUAAGAAACUAGAGAAGCGGUGAAUUGUUUGUGGUGAAAUGAAGGCCCACAAAGAACACAUCUGCCCUGUCUGCUUUAGGAGGCUCCCCAGCAAGCUGCUGCUUCUAGCAUUAGUUGGUUUACAGUAAGAGCCCAAAAUGCACCAAACCACUAACGGUCUUUUGAAACAUAUAGUUUGAUGAUUAUCACAGUUUCUGGCUUUGGCUCACAAGUUUUGUGGAAAGGGCCCACAGCAGUGUCCACAGUGGUCCAUGUAAAGCAUGGACAAUAUGGAAUAUAGUGUUUGAAGUUCACAUAUCAGUGCCAUGCUGUGAUCCUGCUGUUGACAGAUAUACUGAAGGAAUAAGAAAGACCUGUCGUGACAAAACAAGCCCAGUCAUUGACUGCAUAGUCGGUUCAUAAAGCAUGACUAAAUGCUCACCUAAUGUCUGAUUUUCUAUUUAUAAAUUCCUCAAUAGGCUGUAAAUUAGUGACUGAUGUUCAUUUUUUAUGACUAGAAGUGCAAAUAUUUCUGUGUUUGUUUUUGUUGUUGCUUAUUUCUUUUUUUUUUUCAA